AUGUCAAAUACCGGAUUUUUGGUACCGACCAAUUUUACGCUGCCCCAAACCCUAGAGCUAUUGUACAGCAUCGUCACCAACAAAUUCAAGAAUUGUGAAGAACCUAGUUCCAAAGAUGACGAUUUAAACUCACUCAAACACAUGUACAAGAGUCUUUCACGCGUACUAUCUUACUUGCGCGAUGGUAUUAGUGAGAUAGAACAACAUUUCAAGCUCGAAAGCCUAGUAAAUGUGACAGAAACUGAGGUCGUUGAAACUGUUAUCAGUAUUCGAAUUCUCGAACAAGACAUUAGAAACACUAAAUUAGCGGCUAAAAGAAGGCUUGAAGCGUUGGAAAAUGGCAGGCGACAUGGUCCACCUUCUUCUGGAAGUCAUUUUUCGCUGUCGAGUCUAUUGAAAAAGACUCGCCUGUCAAGUUCAUCGCAACGUAAGAAGGAAAUGGCUAGAAUGAAAGAGGAGAAAGAGGCUAAGGAAGUGCUGAAGUUAAAAGAAGAGCGUGAGCGACAAGAGAAGCAAGAGCUGGAGAGGGAGACAGCGAAAAGGAGGAAAGAAGAAGAAGAACGAGCGAAAUUGUUAGAAUUGGCAGUGAAGAGACAAGUUGAACGAGAAAUAGCGCUACAAAAUACUUCCCGCAAAGAAGAACUUGCUCAAUCGUUUGAGCGUGGUGAUGACAGGGAUAGCGCUGCUGUGUCACGACAACGAAGCUCAUUAGACGUUAAAAGACCAAUUAAACGUCCAACUGAUCAUGCUAGACGCAAGAGUGUGGAUUUAGCUUCCAGACAGCAUACCGACGCUACGAGCCCAACGGGGUUGGGUAUAACAGACAUGAAGAGAACGGCAAUGAAUAGUGUCAAUAAAGCAGCAUAUGUGGCAUGGUCCCAGUCUAAUGUUGGUGUAGAGAGAAAGAAAAGCGAACGUCAUCAACCGCGUGCGCCGUCAGAGCCUACGUCUCCGACGUUUGCCAAACCUCGUUACGAAUACGUGAAACCGGUUAUCAAAAGGCACAAUAUAAGAGCUCCAACAAAAGCCCCAACACGAAGAAAAGAGGCUCUAGUAAGCUCCGAUAAUGGGAAAACUGGACAAACCGUUGCCCCGAGGGUUAGAGCUCCCAGGGAAAGACCGUCUUCGACACCGUCUCCAGUGGCAUCACCAAGAUCACAAUCGCCACAAAGAGUGCUUACUCCUCAGCAAAAAAGGAUACAGGAUGUUAUGAGCAAGCUUGAAGGUGUUGACCCUGAUGCAUGCCAGCAAAUUUUGAACGAUAUCUUACUUGUGGAGGAAAACAUUUACUGGGAUGACAUUGCAGGACUCAGCAAUGCUAAAAGCUCACUCAAAGAGACCGUUGUAUAUCCGUUUUUGAGACCUGACCUUUUCAAAGGACUAAGAGAGCCCGUGACAGGGAUGCUUCUUUUUGGCCCACCGGGUACUGGAAAAAGUAUGAUCGCGAAAGCAGUCGCUACAGAAUCGCGGUCAACAUUUUUCAGCAUCAGCGCCUCGUCUUUACUAUCGAAAUAUCUCGGAGAAUCAGAAAAACUAGUGCGCGCUCUCUUUUACUUGGCAAAGAAACUGUCACCAUCAAUUGUCUUCGUUGACGAGAUUGACUCAUUGUUGACCGCCCGGUCGGACAACGAAAACGAAUCGUCUCGCCGAAUUAAGACGGAGAUGCUUAUUCAGUGGUCUUCGCUGUCCAGUUCCACGGCAAGAGAAAGAGCUGAGGGUGAUCUCGAGAGCGGCCGUGUACUGGUCCUAGCAGCGACAAAUCUGCCAUGGGCCAUAGACGAAGCCGCAAGGCGAAGAUUUUCGCGACGUCUUUACAUCCCGCUUCCGGAAUACGAGACUCGACUGGCCCAUCUAAAGAAGUUACUACAAAACCAGAAAAACGACAUGUCGGAGAACGACUUUGAAAUAGUCGCGAAACUGACAAAGGGGUUUUCGGGCUCCGACAUCACUAGUCUCGCAAAGGAAGCGGCGAUGAUACCCAUUAGAGAGUUGGGUGAUAAGCUUAUGGACGUUGAUUUUACGACAAUCAGAGGAAUUUCGCGCGACGAUUUCCGGAAAGCCAUGCUCACAGUCAAGAGAAGCGUUGCGCCUGAAUCUUUGACCAAAUUCAAUGCGUGGGCGACAAAUUUCGGUAGUACAGGUGCAUAG